UCUUAUUAUUAUGAAUUGUUUUUUUACAGGUUGAAUGUUGAUAUUCUCUUAUUCCAGGUGCCAUUUACCAACUUUAUACAUUGGGAUGGAAUACAUGCGAACUCACAGCUUUAAGCUUGCCGAGCAGUUUUUUAUGCAGGCAAAGACCAUAUGCCCUUCAGAUCCACUCGUAUAUAAUGAACUUGGGGUUGUUGCUUAUCAUAUGAAGGAGUAUAAUAAAGCUGUGUGGUGGUUUGAGAAGACUUUGGCGCACAUUCCAUCCUCUUUAAGCGAAAUGUGGGAACCUACUGUUGUCAAUCUUGCUCAUGCUUACAGAAAAUUGAAAAUGUAUCACGAGGCAAUUUCCUGUUAUGAGAGAGCACUGACGUUGUCAAAUAGAAGCUUGAGCACCUAUGCAGGUCUUGCUUACACUUACCAUUUGCAGGAUAAUUUUUCUGCUGCCAUUACAUAUUAUCAUAAGGCUUUGUGGCUGAAGCCAGAUGAUCAGUUUUGCACAGAGAUGUUAAGUUUGGCUCUUGUAGAUGAAGGUCGUCAUGGCAUUGAACCCAAAAUUGAAUUUCACUGAACUGAGGUUCAUAUUUAAUGAUUUUGAUAAUAUUAUUUUCCAUCAUGUAAUGUGUAUGUAAUCUAUUAUUCUCAUGCUUGUAACAAUUUUUUUGAUUUUCACUAAAUGAUAAGGGCUCUGGUGCUUGAUUUGUUGAAAUCUCGGAGCUGAGGAGUUGUAAUUUCUGGCCCUGUAUUUAGGGGUAGACUUAAGCUAAAUUAGUUUGGCUUGAAUUAGUGUUCAACUUGAUUCGAGUUAGAGUUUCAGUUUGGUAGUUUAGUUUGAGUUCGAUUCAAAUACAAUUACGGUGAAUUAAUAUGAAUAAUAUUUUAUAACUUGGCCAAUA